AAAGCGCGUGCCGCGAUAUAUAAAGCGCAGACGCAGCGUCAAAACAGCAACUCGCAUCUUUCAUUCCUCCCACAUCCUUCUGCAGAACAGCAUCCGAGCACGUCAUCAUGUCCAGCGACAACAGUGCAGAUAAGACCACAGGUCAAUACCACUCCAUGAAGGGCACAGCCGUGGAGGCCAUUGGCAACCUCACUGGCGCGCAGUCGUGGCAGGAUUCUGGAAAGCAGGAGCACGCGCAGGGCGAAGCCCAAUACAAGGCCGGCCAAGCCCAGGGAUAUGCCGAGGGCACGAUGGAUAGACUUGGUGGCAAGAAGGACGCGGUGGUGGGCGCUGUGACUGGCGACCGAACCCAAGAGGCUUCCGGAAAUGUUAGGAAAGACAAGGGUCAGGCGCAGCAGAGCAUUAACUCGUGAAAACCUCGUACCCGAUCUGAUGGCUGGAUGUGUUUUGUACUCGUAUUGAGAUUUGGGCAACUGUAAAUUAUACUUUUGAUUGCGGUUCGAUGUGGAGGAUCUUCUUUCACUGCCCACCGUCAAUAAUUGCAUAAUCACUAUUGUGUAUAACCAUCACGCGAGCGUCAGUAUUCUUCACAGAAUAUGAGCGCUUGAGCAAUUAUUCUU